AAACGCGAUUACGGAGCAAAGAAUGCAAUUUAUUUGUCUUCUACACUUAAGAAAAAUUGCUUUUUAACAAGUAGACUUUUAAACUAAACCAACUGAAGUUAUAAGCCAUAGUGUACUACUUGAGCAGAAUGCAUUUUAUAAUAAUUUAGACCAUCAUUUAGACCAUUAAAUUCAAAUCUUGUUUAGCUGCUGCUUUUUGCUGGCGGGAGUUUUUAAUAGCAUGGAUUUUGGGUCUAAAUUAGACAGCACUGGCAGUCAUUUGGCGGAUGAGACUCUAGAUUUGACCAACAAGAUUCUGGACAAAAUAGACCACGAAAUGAGCCAGCUCAACUUCAACUCUGACUUCGGAUCUCGUGGUGGUAAGAAUAGCAAGAGACAUGAGGUUAAGUCGUGGAUGGCGAGGAACAGCAGCGGUGCUGGACAUCAUGACCUUGAGACUGUGGACUCUGUCAGUUAUGUGGAAGACUGUCUGUCCACAGAGAAAGACGUGGCCACUUUCAACGACACAGUUCUGUCUUCUAUUGUCGACACAGAAAAGUUCCCUCUCAAGCCUAGAUCUAAGAGAUCCAAGUCUGCAUUGGGGCGUCUGAACAAUCUGGACAAAUCUCUGGAGGCGGAGGAGCUGCUUCGAAGUUUGAUCGAGAAGAGGUUCCAGACGCGUGAGUCUCCAGACAGCACUCCUAGAUUGGACGUUCCCCGGAUCAAGUUAGAUGAGGAUGUGAAGCACCCUAAGCAGAGUGGGGGCAGCAUGUUCAAAGAGGAUGUUGGGGACAGGAUAAGGAGGCGCAUCAAUGGAGGCGAAUCUGAAGUAGAUAGUGUGAUAUCUCGCCACAUGGGGUCCAAAUUAGAUGCUCUGAGAAACAACUUCAACUUCAAUUCCAACGAUCACAGUUCCAAGUUCCACACUAGAGAACAACAUGAACCCGCUAUGGCAUUCGGAAAGCUAGCAGGGUCUUCUGAAAACGAAACCUCCAAACUCUUGACUAAAAGAGGACGAGCGCCCCAUCGUGUAAACAACUCUCGAUCACUGGGAAAAGCAAAAUCUUCGAUCAUAGGCCAGCCAGCCAAUACUGACUUCGGAAUGUCAAACUGGUUCGGGGAAAAACUUUCUGUAGGCACCAACUCGACGAACUCUUUCGCUAUGUCGUUCAAAGAGCCACCGUCUUUAUUAGCGUACAUGGCGAAUAAACCGAAUAGAAUGGACAAAUGGCAGAGUUUUGAUUCGCUUAGCUCUCAGUCAAUCAAGCUCGACUCAAACCAAUUCCAACGGUCACGACCCUUGAAAAAGAUUCAAACUUUCAACGGCAGAAGCAACAGCCAACCGGUAGAAAAAUCAAAUUACCGAAAAAAUGACAGGUCGACGUCUCGGUUUUCGGAGUUCGUGCCGAAAAACUACGAACUUUCCGAAAUAGGCUCUGCGACUGAACAGGAAAUGGAAUACAUAAAAGCCGAAGCUGCUCGGAUUAAAUUCGAAAUGGAGUCGACCAAAAACAGCUUCAAUCCUAUUGGUCGAAACAUGAGAACUCGUGAGCGGCGACACAGCUCUAGCAGUAGUAUUUCGAGCACUCCUCGGAACUUCAGCACAAAACCUAAGCCACCAACCAGAGCCUUCAGUUCUCAACCAAACAACUCGACAAAUGAUGUCAUUUUGAAAGAAACCGAACGAAGCAUGGCGAAGCUGAAAGAUUUGGACCUUGAGGUACAAUCUGUCCUGAGCAAAAAACAGGCAGCGAAUCGCGAAAUACUUGAGCUUCAGCAGAAAAAGAAAGAAUUAAAACAAGAAAUUUCGGAAAAUGAGGCUGAAAUCAGGAGCCAAAACGUGGCGAUGAAGAAGGAACAACAUGCGUUAGAAAUGACAUGUGAGCAGAAAACUCAGGCGGAGAGAGAACUAGAGCAGCUGAAGCGACAAGUGGAAGACAGCAAGUCUAGUUGGAACAACCAGUUGGAACUGAACACACGACAGAUUUCACAACUGAUUGAGGAAAACACUUUGCUGAAGGAAAACAUGCAGCGAGGAGAGAUCACACAGUACGAGCGAUACGAGUUGCAACGACAGUUGGAGGAUCUUCGUGAACAACUGAGAAACGAGACAACAGAGAGCCGAAUGAAGAACCACGAGAUGAAUUUAGAGUUGAAGGAAGCUGAGAAGAAGUUGAGACAGUACGACGAAACGAACCGAGAACUUAUUUCACGACUGGAACAGCUAGACGGAGACUACGCCGAGAAAGUUAAGAAAGUGAACGAAAUUAACAAUUUUGUCAAAAACGAACUCAGUGACACUAAAACUACACUCGGACAGUUAGCCGAUGAUCACGAAAGAUUAAAGCAAAACUCAAAUGACCAAAACGAGAAACUCAUUGAGUGUGAAAACGUUAUUUCCGAGAGGGAUUCUGAAAUAGCCGAGUUGAAAAGAAUAAACGAACAACUGCAAUUCGAGCUGCAGAGAAUGGAACAGUCACAUGUGGAAACAGUCGAGACUAUGGAGAUCAACAUGACACGAGACAAAAACGCUGCUGUCGACGAACUAAACAGUAGGAUAAAUGAACUGAACAAGAAGCAUCAGAGCACACUGGAGGAGUUGCGAGAAGAAAUGGAGAGUAUCAGAAAGCAGAAAUCGAACGAAAUCGAACACUGGAAAGAAAAGUUGAAUGUGCAGUCUGAAGCGACAAGAGAGCUCGGCGAAAGGUUGCGACUAGAGGCACAAGAACAGGUGAGAGCGGCCGUUGUCCAAGAGAGAACAAACUUCGAAUCCGAGAAAUCCUUUUUGGUGAAACGAGAGCGUGAUAAUUUCGACGAUGAACUCGCGCGAACUACUAGACGUCUUCAAGAUGCGAUAGAUUACGAGAAAAAGCUGCUAAGUCAGUCGCAUGGUCAAGUUGCCGACCUUAAAAGCGAGAUAGAGACUCUUAGAGCGGAGAACCGAAACUUGUACAAAGAAGCGACCGACGCUAAUUUGGUAGCCCGAGAAAGUGCUUUACGCGAACACUCAAACGAGAUAAGAACUCAGAAGGAAAAGAUGGAAAAAGAAUACAAUGACAAAGUUUUUGAGCUUCAGGAGCAAAUUAGGCUUAUUCAGGAUCAACUAGAGCUAACGAAAGUCGAGAACCACAAUGCCACGACUCGUUAUCACGACUUAGAAACCCGAGUUGUACAACACGAGAAAGCUAUUCUUCUGGAAAUCAACGAGGAGUGUCGACGCAUCUGCAAAAUGAUAAAUGUGAAUUACAACCGAAUCAAGAAGAAGCGAACAGGUAGAGAGGCGAACAGUGAUUCGAGUACUAACCCGACGAGCGCAGUUAUAAACAGUACUACAGAGGCGGUUAUUAAUCUGAAGGCAUGCGUGAGUGAACUGCAAACUUACGUGUUCGAACUAAGAGAGGAAGCUGAUGGCGCGAAACUGAAGUCGCAGCAGACCAAGGAGAAGACGGAGAUGUACAUAAGGAGUGUGAGGGAGGAGCUGAAUGCAGAGCACCAGAGGAAGAUAGAAGACUUGAGAGAGAAGCUGAAUUUGGCCCACAUGGAAGAAAUCAGUAAGAUGCAGGAAGACAUGAUGGAGCAGGAUCUGCACGAUGAGUUGAGGGAGUUGAAAAAGGAGAACUCUGACUUGAGAUCGGAGAUGUCUAAGUUCAAACGGGACACAGCUGAGAAAUUGGCCAAGCAGUUCGAAAAGGAGAUUCAGGACUAUGAGGUGAACAGUAUGGUAGAGAGCAGGCUGAAGUCUGACAACUACAUCCCAAGGAGACACUACGCAGAGCUGGAGAGGGAGCACAAGAGACUAGUGGCCGCCACUGAGUCACAGCACAAGAGUGGGGGGCGGGUGGGGGUCAUGGGGGGCAGUGGGGGGAGUGAGGACAGCAGCAGCACUGCCUCCCUGCAACUGCUGAGACAUCUGCAGCAGAAGGUCAACGCACUCAAGGACGAGAACAGUCGACUCAAAAUGACUGUUUCCAUGAACAACUCAAUGCAGGGAAUUCCUCCUAGAGCAGCCCCACCUUCUGAUUGAAGUUCAAACAGAAGCAACCAACAGAUAUCCUAUUUGUGCCGUUGAAAUCUAGUAGACUGCUUUUCAUAAUAUAUUUUGUAAAUAAUCACUAAGCACUUUAUCAAUAAAUUCAAGGUCAGAUUUCAAAAA